GCUAGUUCAAUAUUUUAGUAUUAGUGCCAUGGCAAGAUUUUUGGACGACUGGUUGAGGGUGCUCACAGUGCUCACUCUGAAAGAAUCGUGGAGAUGUGGGAAUCAAUGGUUUCAAGCCGAAUCACUCAAACGUUGUUGGUGCCAACCUCUUGCUUGGUUUACAUGGCCUCCUCGUCAUGGGUGAUUAUAGCAAACCAGAAGCUCAUCAAAGAGGCUGGGUUUCCAUUUCCGAUCCUUCUCUCUGCGCUCGGUACUUUGGGCUCAGCAGGUGCAGCGUACAUGAGCGUGAACUCUGGACUGGUAACUUUGAGGAAAGAGGUGUUGAUGUAUGCCACUGGCAACGCAUGGUUCUUCAAUGUCGUUCCUGUAGCUCUUUGCCAGGCGGCGACGCUGGCCUUAGGAAACGCGGCAUAUCUUCAUUUCGGUGUCGGAAUGGUUCAAAUGCUGAAAGCAGGCACUCCAAUCUUUGUGCUGCUGACCGUAGCCAUGCUGAGGCUGGAAUCGCCAUCAUUUCUCCGGACAUUUUUUGUAGCUCUCAUAACUGUCGGCACAUUCAUCACAGCUGGCACCACGCCAGAGUGGAGUGCUCCAGGACUUGUUUUGUCCCUGGGGGCAAUGCUGACUGAAGCUCUCCGGGUGAGUUUGACGCAGUUCUUGCUCAGUUCAUGCAAGCUCUCCGUUACCGAAGGACAAUAUGUUUUAGCGCCUACAGCCUCCUUUGCAUUGCUCCUGGCAUCCGUGGCCAUUGAAGGGCAAUCAGUGCUGAGCCUGGAGGCCCUGAGCAAGGUGAUCGAGUAUCCACAUCUUUUUCUCUUUGCCGCUGGCCUGGGCACUGUGGUCAACUACUCUAGUUACUUGGUGAUAAAGUUCUGCGGUGCCUUAAGCCUAAAGGUGAUGACGACACUCCGAAACAUUGCGCUUGUGUUGUAUGGGGCCUUUGUUCUCGGGGAGCAAAUUGCAGCAACACAAGCAGGAGGCUACACAUUGGCACUGGUAAGUGCUACACACCCUUUGGCGUUAGUGAUCAUCCUGUCAGCAGUUUGGCAGGCUGCAGGACAAAACUCCACACCCUGCGAGGUUGAGGAAGUGGAACCGAUACUUCCAUUUUAUGCCUCCUUGCCAAUCAUCGCGUUCCUGGUCAUGCUCUCUGGCCUUUUCUCUGGGCUAACUCUUGGUUUGAUGGGCCUUGAUGUCAUUGGACUGCAGAUUGUGCAAAAGGGAGACGACAAAGAGCUUGCAAGGUGUGCAGAAAGAAUUGCACCAAUUCGCGAAUCCGGAAACCAGCUGCUGUGUACCUUGCUCUUAGGCAAUGUGGCGGUGAACUCGGCUUUAUCGAUCCUCACCGCCGACAUUGCGAGUGGCCUCAUUGGUUUUCUCGUUUCCACUGCUUUGAUCGUCGUGUUUGGUGAGAUCCUGCCACAGGCAGCGUGCUCCAGAUAUGCGCUGCAGGUAGGAGCAAGAACAGUUCCCAUCGUCAAGUUCUUAAUGAUUCUGUUCUUCAUCAUCACGAAGCCUAUGAGCAUCAUCCUAGAUUGGAUGCUUGGGAGGGAAGUUGGCACAAUUCACAGCCGAACCGAGCUAAUGGAGAUGUUGAAGCUGCAGAUCUCUUUGGGAGCUGUUAGCGCCGAAGAGGGAAAGAUAGCACAGCAGGUAGCUGAAGGAGCACUAAGCUUUCGUGACAAGCAGGUGGGUGACAUCAUGACGCCACUGGAAGAUGCAUACUUUCUCAGUAGCCGCACCAAGCUAGGGUAUGAUGCCAUUCGGGAAAUCUUUGAGACCGGAUAUAGCCGCAUUCCCAUCUACGGCAUGGACAAGCACGACUACCGAGGGCUCCUUUACACUAAGGACUUGAUGCUGGCCGAUCCAGAAGAUGAGAUGAAGGUGGGCGACUUCAUCCAGAUAUUUAACCGGAAGGUAGAGACGUUCUUCGAGGAGACUAAACUAGUACAGUGUUUGAACGCCUUCAAGAAAGGGGGCACACAUAUGGGCCUCGUCCGAAAGGCAAUUACCACGGUCGACACAAACCCUCGCUUCGAGAUUGUUGGCGUGCUAACUUUGGAGGACAUUGUCGAGGAGAUCAUUCAAGAAGAGAUUGUCGACGAAACGGAUGUUUAUGUCGAUGUGGAUCGGCGGUUGAAGAUCGGCGGUCGAGACACCACAAACUUCAAUCUAGGCGUCUUCAACCCAAUUUGGCGCUCACGGGGUGACAAACUGAGCCGUGAAGAGGUCAACGCCAUCUCUGCGCAUUUGAUGCGGACGGCCUUCAAGUCAGGUGGCGAAUACUCCUUGAAGUAUGACACCAUAACUUGGCUGGUUGGUGAGGCUGAUGUCCAGAACCUCACUCGACAUGCCCCAACAGGGCUCGACCCGGCCGACACUGACUGGAUCUACCGCAGAGGAGAAGUCACUCAUCGAUGCACACUUAUUUUGCAAGGUCGAUUAGGCGCAAUUGUUGGUCACGAGUCCUUCCAUACCGACAAUGGUGCGUUCACAUUGCUGGCAAGGGAUGCUUUGCUGCCGAAGCCCUUCAAGCCUGAUUUCGACGCUUACUUGAGCACACCCAAGGUGCGCGUUUUGUCUAUCAAGAAAGAUCUCUUCAGGAGAGCAUGCGACCUGGACAAAGAUUCCACCACUUUGGAAGCAGCCCUCAAGAGUCAGGUUCUAGCACCAAGUCUCGCCAAAAAGCGCUGGACAUACAGCGGCCGUGAAGCUGUUGAGGAUCAAUCAGGUUCACCGCAUAUGUCGCCCCACAUGUCACCAACGCAGUCCGUGAAAUCCAGAAGGCCAUCUCAAGCAAUCAGUGAUAUUCUUGGGCGACCGACUGCUUUGUGAAGGAGGCAAGUACCUUGAGAAAUCAAAGUACUGAGAGGAUCUGUGAGGGCCUUUCAAACUGUUUUAGUACGUAAGGCCUGCUUGACACCAGUAGUUUUGGC